AUGUCCAGGUGGAGCGUGUGUCGGAGUCCCGCGGCGCUGCCGCGCUCCUGGAGAGAAGCGCUGAGCGCAACAGGUGCGCGCCGCGGCCGCGGCCGCAGCAGCAGCAACAUGCCGGUGAUCCGGCAGCCCUUCUCGGACAGCAGCAGCAUCGUCAGGCCUUUCAACGACAUCCCAGGACAGUGGAAAAACGGGCUGGUCAGCUUGUACAACUUCUGGAAACUGGAUGGCUUCAAGAACCUUCACCGCAUUAUGGUGCAGAACUUCAACACUUUUGGACCCAUUUACAGGGAGAAAAUAGGCUAUUAUGAAAGUGUAAAUAUCAUCAAACCAGAGGAUGCUGCCAUCCUCUUCAAAGCAGAGGGCCACUAUCCUAAAAGGCUGAGGGUUGAAGCAUGGACGUCAUACAGAGACUACAGGAACCGCAAAUACGGAGUUCUGCUCAAGGAUGGUGAAGACUGGAGAUCAAACCGUGUGAUUCUCAACAAAGAGGUGAUUUCGCUGAAGAUGCUGGAAAACUUUGUGCCUCUGUUGGACGACGUGGGUCAGGAUUUUGUGGUCAGAGUUCACAAGAAAAUAGAGAGAAGCGGCCAGAACAAAUGGACCACAGACCUCUCUCAAGAACUCUUCAAGUAUGCUCUGGAGUCCGUGAGCUCGGUGCUGUAUGGGGAGCGUCUGGGUUUGAUGCUGGAUUACAUCGACCCUGAUGCUCAACACUUCAUUGACUGCAUCACCCGGAUGUUCAGAACCACCUCUCCCAUGCUGUACAUACCGCCUGAUCUGCUGAGGAGGGUUGGGGCGAAGGUGUGGCGGGACCACGUGGAGGCUUGGGAUGGAAUAUUCAACCAAGCGGACCGGUGCAUCCAGAACAUCUACAGGCAGCUACGUCAGGAGACUGGCACUUCCAAGAAAUACCCAGGAGUCUUGGCAAGCCUUCUCAUGCUGGACAAGCUGUCCAUUGAAGACAUCAAGGCCAGCAUCACUGAGUUAAUGGCUGGAGGAGUAGAUACCACUUCCAUAACGCUUCUGUGGACGUUGUAUGAAUUAGCCAGACACCCCAACCUGCAGGAGGAGCUGAGGGCAGAGGUGGCUGCAGCUCGGGCUGCAAGCCAGGGAGACAUGCAGGAGAUGCUGAAGAGGAUUCCUUUGGUCAAAGGUGCUCUGAAGGAAACGCUGAGGUUACACCCCGUUGCAGUGAGUUUGCAGAGAUAUAUUGCAGAAGAUAUAAUUAUUCAAAACUACCACAUCCCAGCUGGGACUCUGGUUCAGUUAGGACUGUAUGCCAUGGGAAGAGACCCCAAGGUGUUCCCCCGCCCGGACCAGUACCAGCCCUCCCGCUGGCUGAGGACAGAGACGCACUACUUCCGCAGCUUGGGCUUCGGCUUCGGCCCCCGUCAGUGUUUAGGACGCAGAAUAGCCGAGACGGAGAUGCAAAUCUUCCUCAUCCACAUGCUCGAGAACUUCAGAGUGGAGAAGCAGCGCCACGUGGACGUGCAGAGUACAUUUGAACUCAUUCUGUUGCCUGAAAAACCGAUAAUACUGACUUUAAAACCUCUACAAGCUAGUCGAUAACAUCCAGUUUGGGAUAAAUUUGUGGUAUGUGGUAAGUAAAGUUGAUCUCUAUAGCCUGUAAUUUACGAUAAUUGUAAAGGGCUUCACGCAGCACCACAAAAUAAACAGUAAAAAUCUUCCAAUUCUGGAUAGUAAAAAGAAAAAAAAGGCUGAAAAUAUGUAUGAAACAAAUACCUCAGUAUUAAAAACUUGUGAAGAAAGUAACUAUAUGUACUGUACAUAACUUACU